AUGGCGGAUGACUGUGGAAUUUGUUUGGCUUUACCCGAGAAAUUCGGUUGCGGCUGGUGUCAAGGUUCGGAUCGAUGCGAAGUACAAGAACAGUGUGGUGCCCCAAGUGUAUGGUCAAAUCGGAUUCAGUCGUGUCCCAAUCCAGAAAUACAUUCUUUUAGACCGCAACUAGGCCCGUGGGACGGACGCACAAACAUUACAUUAGGUCGCAAUAUAUCCGAUAUCUAUAAUUAUACAACUCCGCGUACUGACACGUUGUCAUCUAUUCCUGAUGGUCAGUAUAACUUCACAGCUGAACUGCCCGUGCGAACAACUCAGGUGACUGAUUUUGUAACGAAAAAUUUCACUUCCUUUGACUGCAACACGUAUAGCUCUUGUACUCAGUGCGUAAGUUCGUUUUUUCCUUGCGAUUGGUGCAUAGACGGUAACCGUUGCACCCAUGACACGGCCGAAAAUUGUCGAAACGACAUUCUUGUAACCGGUGUCAGUAGAAUGGGCCCUAGCUAUCGCUCCGGUCCCGGUUUUUGUCCAACGAUUAAUUCUACUUCCGACGGUACAAACGAAAUUCUAGUCCCAUCGGGCGUUAAAAAGGCAAUAAAAGUAAAAGUUCAUAUAAUAGGCCAAUUUAUAGUCCAAACGAGGUUCGUAUGCCAGUUUAAUAUCGAGGGACGCGUAACCCACGUAAAUGCUCAGCUUCUCGCCGAUACAAUUUAUUGUGAACCCGUCGAAUUUACCUAUACAUCGCACGCUCCGAACAUAACCGCCUCUUUUGCUGUAAUAUGGGGAGGAUCGAAGCCGUUAGAUAACCCGAAUAACACACACAUACUCAUAUAUCGAUGUAGCGACAUGGCGGAUGACUGUGGAAUUUGUUUGGCUUUACCCGAGAAAUUCGGUUGCGGCUGGUGUCAAGGUUCGGAUCGAUGCGAAGUACAGGAACAGUGUGGUGCCCCAAGUGUAUGGUCAAAUCGGAUUCAGUCGUGUCCCAAUCCAGAAAUACAUUCUUUUAGACCGCAACUAGGCCCGUGGGACGGACGCACAAACAUUACAUUAGGUCGCAAUAUAUCCGAUAUCUAUAAUUAUACAACUCCGCGUACUGACACGUUGUCAUCUAUUCCUGAUGGUCAGUAUAACUUCACAGCUAAACUGCCCGUGCGAACAACUCAGGUUACUGAUUUUAUAACGAAAAAUUUCACUUCCUUUGACUGCAACACGUAUAGCUCUUGUACUCAGUGCGUAAGUUCGUUUUUUCCUUGCGAUUGGUGCAUAGACGGUAACCGUUGCACCCAUGACACGGCCGAAAAUUGUCGAAACGACAUUCUUGUAACCGGUGUCAGUAGAAUGGGCCCUAGCUAUCGCUCCGGUCCCGGUUUUUGUCCAACGAUUAAUUCUACUUCCGACGGUACAAACGAAAUUCUAGUCCCAUCGGGCGUUAAAAAGGCAAUAAAAGUAAAAGUUCAUAUAAUAGGCCAAUUUAUAGUCCAAACGAGGUUCGUAUGCCAGUUUAAUAUCGAGGGAUGCGUAACCCACGUAAAUGCUCAGCUUCUCGCCGAUACAAUUUAUUGUGAACCCGUCGAAUUUACCUAUACAUCGCACGCUCCGAACAUAACCGCCUCUUUUGCUGUAAUAUGGGGAGGAUCGAAGCCGUUAGAUAACCCGAAUAACACACACAUACUCAUAUAUCGAUGUAGCGACAUGGCGGAUGACUGUGGAAUUUGUUUGGCUUUACCCGAGAAAUUCGGUUGCGGCUGGUGUCAAGGUUCGGAUCGAUGCGAAGUACAAGAACAGUGUGGUGCCCCAAGUGUAUGGUCAAAUCGGAUUCAGUCGUGUCCCAAUCCAGAAAUACAUUCUUUUAGACCGCAACUAGGCCCGUGGGACGGACGCACAAACAUUACAUUAGGUCGCAAUAUGUCCGAUAUCUAUAAUUAUACAACUACGCGUACUGACACGUUGUCAUCUAUUCCUGAUGGUCAGUAUAACUUCACAGCUAAACUGCCCGUGCGAACAACUCAGGUUACUGAUUUUGUAACGAAAAAUUUCACUUCCUUUGACUGCAACACGUAUAGCUCUUGUACUCAGUGCGUAAGUUCGUUUUUUCCUUGCGAUUGGUGCAUAGACGGUAACCGUUGCACCCAUGACACGGCCGAAAAUUGUCGAAACGACAUUCUUGUAACCGGUGUCAGUAGAAUGGUCCCUAGCUAUCGCUCCGGUCCCGGUUUUUGUCCAACGAUUAAUUCUACUUCCGACGGUACAAACGAAAUUCUAGUCCCAUUCGGCGUUAAAAAGGCAAUAAAAGUAAAAGUUCAUAUAAUAGGCCAAUUUAUAGUCCAAACGAGGUUCGUAUGCCAGUUUAAUAUAGAGGGACGCGUAAUCCACGUAAAUGCUCAGCUUCUCGCCGAUACAAUUUAUUGUGAACCCGUCGAAUUUACCUAUACAUCGCGCGCUCCGAACAUAACCGCCUCUUUUGAUGUAAUAUGGGGAGGAUCAAAGCCGUUAGAUAAUCCCAAUAACACACAUAUACUAAUAUACCGUUGUAGCGACAUGGCGGAUGACUCUGGCACUUGUUUGGCUUUACCCGAGAAAUUCGGGUGCGGCUGGUGUCAAGGUACGGAUCUAUGCGAAGUACAGGAACAGUGCGGUGCUCCCAGCGUAUGGAUAUUUCACUUAAAACGAGUCACCCUGUCUUAG